UAUAAUCUCUCAAUUCUCUCCCCUCUUCAUAACGAAAAAUUUUACACGGUAACGAUAUAUAAAUAUAUCAUAUCGGAACGCCGGUCGGCCGACGAAUCCAUCCAGAAAACAAUACCUUUUUUUUUCGCCUCAUCGCCUUCUCAGCUGCCGCCGCCGCCGCCGCUCUCUUUGACCGAUCCCCUCCGCAGAUCUCGCCGCUGGAUUUUUCUCCUUCUCCGCCGGCUGAGCUUGGAUACCCUCGUCCCACAUGGAAGACGACGAGGACGCGCAGUCUCCGUCUCGCUCGCCGACCCAAUCCGCCUCCCGAUCUGCGUCGCCUGAGUCGUCACCACCCCCCGUUUCCACCUCCAUCGUGGCCCCUUCCUCCUCACCUCUCCAGGACAACGGCGGAACUGCCGAGCCGGUUACCGUCGCUGCCCCCGCCCCAGAGCAUCGCGCACUCGCCCUAGCUCUGGCCGUCCCCAUCCAGCAGCCUCGCUCCUCCCCUGCUGGUGGAGGCGGAGUCGGCCGGGACGACUGCUGGAGCGAGGGCGCUACCUCCAUCUUGAUAGACGCGUGGGGGGAACGCUACCUGGAGCUCAGCCGCGGCAACCUCAAACAGAAGCACUGGCAGGAAGUAGCCGACGCCGUCACCAGCCGUGACGGCUACACGAAGGCCCCAAAGACCGACGUCCAGUGCAAGAACCGGAUCGACACUCUCAAGAAGAAGUACAAGGCCGAGAAGUCCAAGAUCUCCGGCUCCGGCGGCAGCUCCUCCUCCUGGCCCUUCUUCCACCGCCUCGACCUCUUGCUCGGCCCCAGUCACAAGUCCACGGCUACCAGCGGAAACAUCCCCGCGGCCAUCCCCAUCCGCCCCCCGUCCCGCCGCCCCCAGCCGGGACCGCAGCGGCAGAGAACCAACCAGCUGACCGUUAAAAAAGCAGGGAAGUCUUCGCCACCGUCCGUGUCGGCCUCAUCCGCCGAUUCCUCCGAUGGGUUCCCGCCGCCAAGGGCGGCCAAUGGAAAGAGACAGCACGAGCACCACCAGGAAGCAGACGAGGAGGGGGAGGAAGAGGGGGGGAGGACAGCGGAGCUGAAGGAGCUGACGCGGGCCAUCCUGCGGUUCGCAGAGGUGUACGAGAAAGUGGAGAGCUCGAAGCUGCGGCAGGCGAUGGAGAUGGAGAAGCAGCGGAUGGAGUUGACCAGGGAGCUGGAGCUGCAGAGGAUGGAAUUCUUAAUGAAGACGCAGAUGGAGCUUUCACAGCUCAAGAGCCACCACCACGGAAGCAAUAGGAAAAAAAAGAUGAAUGAUGGUGGUGGUGGCAGCAGCAGCAACCACCACCACCAACACCGCAACAACACUAGCAGCAACAGCAAUAACAGUGGCAAUAAUUGCUAGGGUUGCCCGUGGGCUGCAGAGAGAGGAUUUCGCUCUUCCUCUUUCAAAUUGUUCCUUUGUCAUUCUACUAGUGGUUAGAUUUGUAUCAAACUGCCCAGCAAAUUGUAGUAUUAAAUCUCUAUCCCUAUCCUGCCACCUCCGUUGCAGUGCAAAUGAGUUUCUUUCAAGCCGGUUGGAGGAUUGUCAUUUUAUUUAUUUUAUUUUAAUUUAAUUUAAUGUCCUCAACUUAGGUCA